CACACACACACACACACACACAUACACAUAAACGUUCCCGCAUUCACAACCAUUCACACAAGUCCAACAUCACUCGCUUGGUUUGCUGCUGCACAUCACUUAAGGUGCCACACCAAGCCAGCAAACCCAUUUCGUGGAAUCAAAGCUGGGCAGAUUAGUGGAAGUAAGGAGAGAUAACAGAGAUUAGGAGAUGUCGCUGUGGCGCGUGACGCAGCGCCUGCCAGAGGUGCGGGCCCUGUACGGGCCCCACUUCCCGCUGGAGAUUCGCCACUACUUUGCCGACUGGAUCGAGGCACAGCCCUGGCAGGCCGUGGCCGAGGAGAACAACGCCGACCGCGCAGCAGCGCUGACACAAUCCCUCAUCGGCGCCGUCAAGGAGCGCCUGGACGAGCAGCGUGCCAACACACAGUCCGACACAUUCAUCCUGCAGACCCAGCUCUCGCAGGCCCUGUCCACAUUCGAGACCACGUACGCGCUUGACCCGCUCACCCUGGCGCAGUUCCUGGCCAAGGCCAUGCAGUUUGAACAGCAGCACGCACAGUACAGCAGUGCGGACGGCAGCGAGUUUGAAGAUGUCAAGGACCCGACCACCACCAUCAUCAACCACGGCUUCUCCUCCGUUGUCCGUGAUGUUGUGCAACAAGCACAGGUCGCCCACCAGACGGUGACGGCGGACAUGCCGCAGCUGGAGCAGCGGCAGGAGACGUUCCUCAUCAAGUACCACGGGUUUGUGCAGGUGGAGAACGAGUUCAAGUCGCUGCAGCAGCAGGCAGCCACCAGCAACGACCCCCAGCUCAAGCAGUACCUUGCAUCCAUGGUGCAGCAGAAGCAGAGCACGCAACAGCAGCUCACCGACGAAGCGCAGCAGCUUCUCGAGGCCAGACAGGCGCUGCACAGCACCAUCGCCCGCGCCGCUGACACCAUCCAGUCUGGCGCAGACGGCCUCAUCCAGCAGCUCGAGCGGUGGCGGGCUGCCCAGCGCCAACACACGGCAACACAGCAGCACCUCACCCUCGCCCUCGACACCAUCCAGCAGUGGGCAGAUUCGCUGAUGACGCAGGUGUGGCAGAUUCGCCAGGUGACAAAGCUCAUGUGCAAUCUGCAGGUGCGCCUCCCACUCAACCCGCAGUCUGAGAAGCAGUUUGACACCAUCCUCCACGCCAUCAACAAAACACUCGCCCUCCUCCUCCACAGGUCGCUGGUUGUUGAGCAGCAACCGCCACAGGUGCUCAAGACCCAGUCGCGUUUCCAGGCCACCGUGCGUCUCCUUGUCGGGCCGUCCCUCACCCUCCACCUCAACCCGCCCGAGGUCAGCGCGCACAUUGUGAACGAGCGCAAUGUGCGUGAGAUUCGCCAGACAACGCUGCUGCAAGAGGGCGGACAGAGCAUGCAGUUGCCGCUCCCAGACCCUCCAUCCAGUGGUGAUAUUCUCAACAGCAGAAAGGCGAUGGGUGUUCAGCCAGGGAACAAUGCACUCCAGGUUGGCUUCAAGACGCUUUCCCUUCGCAAGAUCAAGCGCACCGACAAAUCAGAGAAGAUUGAUCAUACUGUAACAGAGCAGAAGUUCUCCAUCUGCUUUCGCGUGACCGUCACGCUGCCCGGCGGUGACUCUGUGUACCUGCUGCAAGAGCUGUCGCUGCCUGUCGUGGUCGUUGUUCAUGGUAACCAGGUUCCAGGUGCUGAGGCCACCGUUCUCUGGGACAACGCAUUUGCGCUUCCCGGCCGGCUUGGGUUAGAGACUGAGCAGGCUGUGCAGUGGCAGCAGCUGGCGCCGCACAUCAAGCAGUUCUGGAUGAACGCAAAGCUGAAACCUCUCAAGGACGAGCACAUGAACUUUCUUGCGCAGCUUGCCGGUGUCAGCGGGCCACAUGACACAAUCACAUGGCAUCGCUUCAACAAGGACUACAUGGUUGGAAACCUCUUCACCUUCUGGGAAUGGUUCUACGGCUGCUUCGACACCGUUCGCAAGCACAUCCGUGCGCUCUGGGACGAGGAUCUCGUGUACGGGUUCAUCGAUAAGGACGAGACUUUUCGCGUCCUUGCCGGGUCACGACCUGGCACGUUCCUGGUCCGGUUCAGCACAUCGCUUGUGAGCGGCGUGAGUGUGUCGUGGGUCGGCCCAUCGCCAGAUGGUAUGCAGGUGUAUCACCUGCAGCCAUGGAUGAACAAAGACAUCUCCAUUCGCUCGCUCGCCGACCGCGUCAGUGAUUUGGAUCAGCUGCAAAUCCUGUACCCAGACCGCCCAAAGCACGUUGCAUUUGCACACCACUACUCGGGAGAAGCAAAGAACUCCAAGCUGUUGACCAAAGGAUACAUCCCAGCAGACCUCAAGGCAUUCAUCAACCCAACAGAUGUGUCGAACGAGCCCAUGUAUCAGCCGCGAAGCGACAUCUCGCACCAGCCGCAAACGUCAUCAUCGUUGUCGUCCUCACUCGCACCUCCCCAGCAGCCCCUGGUGUCGCAAGAGCCAAAUUCCCCCUUCAGCUCCGAGGCAGAUGCAAUAGACCUGAGCUGGCUAACAAACACCACGCUUGCGCCAUCAACAUCAACAGCACCGCCAACAACCACCUCUGUGCCAUCUUUGCCUCAGACUUCCGUUGCAAACGCGGGAUUGCCCAACUUUCACGACAUGUACUUGUCGGACCAGAGCCUGAUGUUUGAUGCGCCAGCACUUGGUGCUCUCUCCCUGUACACGUCCGCCGCCACGUCGAUGAGGCAGCAGGACGACGGCGAGAUGGCAACAAAACAUCCAAACACGGGUGGCUAUGGCUCCUCCGCCCAUACCUCCACCCUCUGAUUGCUGACAUGUUGGAUGAGGUUUGCUCGUCGGUGCUGACCAGGUGCCAUGGGGGUGUGAGUGCUUUCGUAGCUAAUGUUUCACUUGGGUUCGUGUUCUUCGCUCUGCUGUUUCCCCCUUCUCUCUGUUCCCCUCAUCUUUCUCUCCCAAGUUUCCUACCAUUGCCACUCAUCUCGUGCAUGUAGCUUGUUCCCCUCGCCCCAUCUUCGCCCUUUCUUGCAUGUGAUUCUGGCAUCAUCGGUGUCUUGCCCUCUGCUGACAAACGUGCGUUUGGGCUAAUAUCGCACAGAUCGAAUGGUGUGUACAUGUAUGUGCUCACGUGUCCGUGACGUUUUACUAUUGUUUAGUCGUGACGAAUUGACUCUCAUGUUGACGUUGAUAGCUGUGCCCAAAACGCAACGCCAAAAGACGAACACGACAAAGUACACGCUCGCACUGACUAAGACUCAGACUCAAC